UUCAUGGAUGCUAAAACAAUUCGUCUCUAUUUUGCUUUACUUGUACUCCACAGAUUAACACUUUCUACUUCCACAGACACCAUCACCAUUAACCAAACCUUAAGAGAAGGAGACCUUCUCGUUUCCAAACAAAACAAGUUUGCACUAGGAUUUUUUAGCCCUGGCAAUUCCAGCUAUAGAUAUCUUGGAAUUUGGUUUUAUAAGAUAUCAUUACAAACUCAUACUGUUGUGUGGGUGGCCAACAGGGACAAUCCAAUCAAUGGUUCUGCAGGUUUUCUCUCCAUCAACCAAUAUGGCAACCUUGUUCUUUAUGGUAAUAGAGAUGAAAAGUUUCCAAUAUGGUCUACAAAUGUUUCAGUGGAUUUAGCAAAUACUUGUGUAGCUCAGCUCUUUGAUUCAGGAAACUUUGUUCUCUUCCAAGGUUCAAGAAGAAUAAUUGUAUGGCAGAGCUUUGAUCAUCCUACUAAUACCUUGCUACCAGGAAUGCGGCUUGGUCUCGACAAGAGAACAGGUCUCAACCGGUUCCUGACUUCCUGGAAAUCAACAGAUGAUCCUGGAAUCGGUCACUACUCUCUGAAGCUCAACCCAGUUGGCUCACCAACAUUUUUUCUGUACGAUGGUUCCAAACCUUACUGCAGAGGCAUGCCGUGGCCGUGCAGAACACCAGAUAUAUACAACUACAGCUACGUUAAUAGUGAAGAGGAAAUAUCCUUUUCCUACUCUCAUGAUGACGGCUCUGUUCUCUUCCAAUUGAUGGUGCAUGAAUCAGGAACGCUUAUGUGGGUUUCAAGGCGUGAAAGUGAUGCUAAUUGGAAGGAGUUCUGGUCAGCCUCCAAGUAUCGUUGUGAUUCUUAUGGACGCUGCGGCGCUAACAGUGUAUGCGAUCCUAAACAUGUCAAUGUAUUUGAAUGUUCUUGUUUACCUGGAUAUGAACCCAAGUUCCCAAGAAACUGGUUUCCGAUGAGAGAUGGAUCGGGUGGCUGUGUUAGAAAGCGAUUGAAAUCUUCAUCAGUGUGUGGGCAAGGGGAAGGGUUUGUGAAAGUGCCUCAAGUUAAGGUUCCUGAUACUUCAACAGCAGUUUGGGUGAAUAUGAGUAUGUCCCGUGUGGACUGUGAACAAGAAUGCUACAAAGAUUGUUCAUGCUCUGCCUAUGCCAGCAUAAAAAUUCCAGGGAAAGAUGUUGCCUGCUUGGCUUGGUAUGGGGAUUUGAUGGACAUAGUGGAUCUUAUGGAUCAUAGCGGCUACGAUGUUUAUGUUCGAGUUGAUGCAAUUGAAUUAGCUGAGAUUGAGAGAUCAAGUGGUUUUCUUGAAAUGAAGGGGAUGCUGGCUUUUCUGGUAGUUUCAGUUUCGUCAGCAUGGUUUGUCAUCAUCUUAUUUGUCUACUUGUGGCUGAGGAAGAGAAAGAAAAGAGGCAAGUUGAAGAACCAAUCCAAUAGGAGAUUGUUUGAUUCUAUCAAUGGUUCACACUAUCACAAAGAUACUUUUGACGCUGAUGACAUUCAGACAAGCAGGAGUCGUACAGACUUAGCAUUUUUCAAUCUUAGCACCAUAUUUGCUGCCACUGAAAAUUUUUCUCAAGCUAACAAAAUUGGACAAGGUGGCUUUGGUUCUGUUUAUAAGGGUCAGCUAACUAAUGGAAAGGAGGUUGCUGUAAAGAGGCUAUCAAAAAAUUCGGGGCAAGGAGCAGAAGAAUUUAAAAAUGAAGCUAUGUUGAUAGCCAAGCUUCAACAUAGGAAUCUUGUGAAACUUUUAGGAUGUUGCAUUCAGGAAGAAGAGCGAAUUUUGAUUUAUGAAUACUUGUCAAAUGGAAGUUUGGACUUGUUUCUCUUUGAUUUUGGAACGGCUAGAAUACUCGAAGAUGACCAGAUACAACACAAGACACAGAGAGUUGUUGGGACAUAUGGCUACAUGUCGCCGGAGUAUGCCGUGUUAGGAAAAUUUUCAGUAAAGUCCGAUGUAUUCAGCUUUGGUGUAAUAUUGUUGGAGAUUAUAAGUGGGAAGAAAAGCAAUGGCUUCCAUCAAGAGGAUCCUUCCCUAACCUUGAUAGGGCAUGAAGAUGCAGUGGACAGACCAACUAUAUCAGCAAUCAUUGUCAUGUUAGAUAGUGAAAUCUCUCUUCCUUGUCCAAAACAACCAGCUUUUAUUUUCAGAACUUCUUGCAACAGUUCACUAAUAUGGGAAGGACCAAGUUCUGUCAAUGAAAUGUCAAUCACUGAAACUCGUUGGCUUUACAAAGAUCAACUCUUCAUGGAUGCUAAAACAAUUCGUCUCUAUUUUGCUUUACUUGUCCUCCACAGAUUAACACUUUCUACUUCCACAGACACCAUCACCAUUAACCAAACCUUAAGAGAAGGAGACCUUCUCGUUUCCAAACAAAACAAGUUUGCACUAGGAUUUUUUAGCCCUGGCAAUUCCAGCUAUAGAUAUCUUGGAAUUUGGUUUUAUAAGAUAUCAUUACAAACUCAUACUGUUGUGUGGGUGGCCAACAGGGACAAUCCAAUCAAUGGUUCUGCAGGUUUUCUCUCCAUCAACCAAUAUGGCAACCUUGUUCUCUAUGGUAAUAGAGAUGAAAAGUUUCCGAUAUGGUCUGCAAAUGUUUCAGUGGAUUUAGCAAAUACUUGUGUAGCUCAGCUCUUUGAUUCAGGAAACUUCGUUCUCUUCCAAGGUUCAAGAAGAAUAUUUGUCUGGCAGAGCUUUGAUCAUCCUACUAAUACCAUGCUACCAGGAAUGCGGCUUGGGCUCGACAAGAGAACAGGUCUCAACCGGUUCCUGACUUCCUGGAAAUCAACAGAUGAUCCUGGAAUCGGUGACUACUCUCUGAAGCUCAACCUAGUUGGCUCACCACAAUUUUUUCUUUAUGAUGGUUCCAAACCUUUCUGGAGAGGCACGCCAUGGCCGUGGAGGACACCAGAUAUAUACAACUACAGCUACGUUAAUAGUGAAGAAGAAAUAACCUUUUCCUACUCUCAUGACGACAGCUCUGUUCUCUUCCAAUUGAUGGUGCAUGAAUCAGGAAUGCUUAUGUGGGUUUCAAGGCGUGAAAGUGAUGCUAAUUGGAAGGAGUUCUGGUCAGGAUCCAAGUAUCGUUGUGACUCUUAUGGACGCUGCGGUGCUAACAGUAUAUGCGAUCCUAGACAUCUCAAUGAAUUUGAAUGUUCUUGUUUACCUGGAUAUGAACCCAAGUUCCCAAGAAACUGGUUUAGGAUGAGAGAUGGAUCGGGUGGCUGUGUUAGAAAGCGAUUGAAAUCUUCAUCAGUGUGUGGGCAAGGGGAAGGGUUUGGGAAAGUGCCUCAAGUUAAGGUUCCUGAUACUUCAACAGCAGUUUGGGUGAAUAUGAGUAUGUCCCGUGUGGACUGUGAACAAGAAUGCUACAAAGAUUGUUCAUGUUCUGCAUAUGCCAGCAUAAAAAUUCCAGGGAAAGAUGUUGCCUGCUUGGCUUGGUAUGGGGAUUUGAUGGACAUAGUGGAUCUUAUGGAUCAUAGCGGCUACAAUGUUUAUGUUCGAGUCGACGCAAUUGAAUUAGCUGAGAUUGAGAGAUCAAAUGGUUUUCUUGAAAUGAAGGGGAUGCUGGCCUUUCUGAUAGUUUCAGUUUCAUCAGCCUGGUUUGUCAUCAUCAUAUUUGCCUAUUUGUGGCUGAGGAAGAGAAAGAAAAGAGUAAAGAACAAAUCCAACAGGAGAUUGUUUGAUUCUAUAAAUGGUCCACACUAUCACAAAGAUAAUUUUGAAGCGGAUGACAUCCAGACAAGCAGGAGCCAUACAGACUUGGCAUUUCUCAACCUUAGCACCAUAUCUGCUGCCACUGAUAAUUUUUCUCAAGCUAACAAAAUUGGACAAGGUGGCUUUGGUUCUGUUUAUAAGGGUCAGCUCACUAAUGGAAAGGAGGUUGCUGUAAAAAGGCUAUCAAAAAAUUCGGGGCAAGGAGCAGAAGAAUUUAAAAAUGAAGCUAUGUUGAUGGCCAAGCUUCAACAUAGGAAUCUUGUGAAACUUUUAGGAUGUUGCAUUCAGGAAGAAGAGCGAAUUUUGAUUUAUGAAUACUUGUCAAAUGGAAGUUUGGACUUGUUUCUCUUUGAUACAACAAGAAGUUCAUUCUUGAAUUGGAGUAAACGUUACAAAAUCAUAGUUGGAGUCGUACGUGGAAUCUUAUAUCUUCAUCAGGACUCAAGGUGGCGAAUCAUUCAUAGAGACUUAAAAAGUAGCAACAUCCUCUUAGAUGCAGAGCUGAAUCCAAAAAUUUCAGAUUUUGGAAUGGCUAGAAUACUCGAAGAUGACCAGAUAGAACACAAGACACAUAGAGUUGUUGGGACAUAUGGCUACAUGUCGCCAGAGUACGCCGUGUUAGGAAAAUUUUCAGUAAAGUCCGAUGUAUUCAGCUUUGGUAUAAUAUUGUUGGAGAUUAUAAGUGGGAAGAAAAGCAAUGGCUUCCAUCAAGAGGAUCCUUCCCUAACCUUGAUAGGACAUGUGUGGGAGCUAUGGCAAGAAGACAGAGCACUGGACAUAGUUGAUUCAACAUUAAAGGAAUCAUACAAUUCCCAUGAAGUAUUGAAAUGUAUUCACAUUGCACUGUUAUGUGUGCAAGAAGAUGCAAUGGACAGGCCAACAACAUCAGCAAUCAUUGUCAUGUUGGAUAGUGAAAUCACUCUUCCUUGUCCAAAACAACCUGCUUUCAUUUUCAGAAAUUCUCGCAACAGUUCACCAAUAUGGGAAGGACCAAGUUCUGUGAAUGAAGUGUCAAUCACUGAAACUGUAGCUCGCUAAUUGAAGCGAACUUGCUCUCAUAGACUUAGCUAAUUUUACUUGUAAAUGAAUUGAAGCAAACUGCCGUCAAAUGACAUUUCCGGCUGGGAUCACAACUGAGAAUUGAAGGCAAAUUUCCUCCUGGUAUGCUCCUGCAAUUUCAUGGGUUUGUGCUGUGAUUGAGUUUAAUCCUGUUGGUGAUUAUU